AUGACGCAUGACAUGAUCAGAGAGAUUCAUGGUGCCCGGAUACAUGGUCACCAAGGAGUUACCAAGACCUGGAAACGAAUUCGACAACACCACGACCAACGAGUAACAAGACAAGACGUUGCAGACGCCAUCCGGGAUUGCGAACCCUGCAAGAAAAGCAAGAACAGUCCACACAAACCCUAUGGACAAAUUCAGCCACUACCAGUACCACCAGCAGCAUGGCAUUCGAUCUCUUUAGACUUCAUUGUCAAACUACCAAAGUCAAGGGAACCACUCACGAAGGUCUAUUACGACAGCGUUCUGGUCAUAGUGGACCGACUCACCAAAUACGCCUACUUCAUCCCAUACCUGGAAGCAAGUACAGCAGAAGACCUUGCGUACACGUUCUUGAAAUACAUCAUCAGCAACCACGGACUACCUAAAGAAAUUGUGUCAGACAGAGACAAGCUGUUUACUUCGAAGUUUUGGAAAUCUCUGAUUUCGCAACUUGGUGCAGACCACAAACUGUCUACCUCUUUCCACCCGCAGACCGAUGGUCAGACCGAACGAAUCAACCAGAUACUCGAACAGUAUCUACGAUGCUAUGUCAACUACGACCAAGACAACUGGGUACCACUGUUACCUACAGCUCAGUUCGCCUACAACAGCGCAGUUGGAGAAAGCACUCUCCACUCCCCAUUCUACCUAAACUACGGAUUCGAACCCACCGCACACGGAGAACCACGCGAAGGACCACGGGCCCUGAAGGCCGUGGCCGAUAUCAACAAGAUGCGUGAAAUCCAGACAAACGUCUCCCAAGAUUUAGAACUCGUCAGAGAACGAAUGAAAAAAUACGCCAACACUUCAAGGAUUGGAGGACCAUCCUUCGAAGAGGGAGAUAGCGCCUACCUCAUACGACGAAACAUCAAAACCAAACGGCCUAGCGACAAGUUGGACUACAAAAAACUCGGACCUUUUGAAAUCCUCAAAAAAGUCUCGCCAGUCAACUACAAGCUAAAACUACCCGACACGAUGAAAAUCCACCCAGUCUUUCACAUCGCACUCCUUGAACCAGCGCCACGCGGAUCACACACCGAAGACUGCAUCAUCGUAGAACCCAACGAACCAGAAUACGAAGUCGAACGAAUCAUCGACCACAGGAACGAAGAUGGUCAUGACGAAUAUCUCAUUAAAUGGAAAGGCUACGGACACGAAGACAACUCAUGGGAACCAGUCAAGAACCUCCAGCACGCCCCGCGACUGCUUCAGGAAUAUCACGACCUCCGGACUCCUCCUCCACCACCAACGGCCCCAAGCCCGAGAAAUCAUCACCAAGCCCGAACGAGGACCAAUCCACGUCAUUAG